CGCUUCCUCCUAGUCCCCCUUCUCUCCCUCUGCCGUCGCGCCAUCGCCGGUGGCCGGUGCCGGUGCCGGUGGUUUUGGACUUUGGAUUCCUGUCCUAGGAAGGGCACCGCCGCUCUCCUGCGUCCUCUCCGUCAUCCCCAAGCCUCGCCUCGCCUCGCCUAGCCGAAGUACAAGGUGUUUGCGUAUUUGCUGCAGCGAUAGGUCGCCUGAGGACGAUGGAGGAAGCCGGUGGUGAAGAACGGCUCAAUAGGCUGCUUGAGAGGCAUGGUCAGGAGGUUGUGGGGUUCCUCAUGUUUGCUAAGGCCAAACUGAGCGAUAAUGCUUACAAGGAGCUCGUCAAGGCAGCACGGGAGAUUGUUGAACAAAGUUCAAAUCCUGAAGGUGGAAUCACAGUGCAAAAAUGCGAAGAAAUCCUAUCUCAAGUGUUUGUUGGCCAAACUCGUGUCCUAGAAGGCUUCCGUCACCUCAUCAAAGCGGGUGAUCCCUCCAAGGAUGACCACCCUUCUUUACAUCGUGCACUCUCUUACAUGAACAAAGUGAAGGAUUCAGCUUUUGUAUCUAAUGAAGAUUACAUAGAUUUUUUGGGCACCUUGUCUCAGUCCAUGGCAAAAAAGAUCAAUGAGCAAGAGACUUACCUAAAGGUAAAGAAAUAUAUGCGCCACUGUCCAGAAUUAUUUCAAACCUUUGAAACUUAUUUGCGUCCACCUCUAUCCAAUGAGCAACCUUGCAGAAGUCCAAAUAUUAGUAUUAGCAAGGUUUUAUGCAUUACUCCAGAUGAAAAUCAUAGUGCAAACCAUAGCUUGGAUGGUAAUGAAGCAACAGGUAAUGGAGAAUCACUUCAUGCAGAAGAAAAUGAUGGAGACAAGAUUGAUCCCUUACCAUGCUGGAGUCCAUCAAGAGAAAAUGAACUACCCCCAAAAGUGAACCCGGAUAUGUUCACACGCUACUCUACUAGCUACUCCCUAUUAUCGAAGAAUUGCUUAACUCUAAAAACAAGCUACCGCACUGAGCUGGGACAGUUCAUAUUAAAUGACACGUUGGUUUCUUCUACCUCAGGGAGGGAGGACUGUUUUAAGUUCAGAACUAAAAAUCACUAUGAAGAAAAUAUUUUCAAAUGUGAAGAUGACAUGUUUGAGAGUGACAUGCUUUUGCAACGCUACACCGCAACUGCUGACUUUAUUAGAAAUCUGCAAGACCAUGUUGACAAAGAUAUGAAAAUUCAAGAGCGUCUAACUCCCUUACAUAGGAGAUGCAUUGAACAAUUAUAUGAUGAACAUGGCCUGGACAUGCUUGAUGCUCUGUCGGAGAAAAUUGAUACCAGUAUGGCUCUUGUUAUUCUACAGUCUCGUUUAAACCAGAAGAUAGAAGAUCUGAAAGAGGCACAGUCAUCUUUGAAUAAAAUAUGCUCAAAUAUUAUUGCCAAUAAUUACUACAGAGCACUUGAUCAUCGCAGCUCUUCCUUCAAACAAUUGGACAAAAGGAGGAUGAGCCCAAAAGCAUUGCUUGCUGAAGCUAGAGAAAUCAACAUGGCAAGGCUGAACAAUGGGGAUAAACAUCUCUCUGCUUGCAACAAUCAAUCAACUUUGAUAUCGGAAAAUGUAUUUAAAGAUAUUAAUCUUCAUAUCCACAAGGACAUAGACAAGAUGGUUCGUUAUGCAUGCAAAAGUUGUCCUUCUGAACAGAAGCUGAUGAUGAUUUGGACAACAUUAGUUCAGCCAUUUGUUUCUAUUAGUUGUCAACUACAAGAAUUGAAUGGCACUGUAGCUCCAAAAGAAGCUUGUGAACAUUGUGGUCUCAGCAAAACUUUUCUCAGGAGUAUCCCUGACUCUUCGCUCGCUAAUAAUUAUUCUUUAUCUUCAAAGAGAGGUGGAUAUCUUUUAAAUACGUCCAAUAAGUCUGCUUCUAUACCUGACGCUUGUCAGACUGAGAUUGAGGAUGGUGAGUUCAUACCUGAUGUAGGAAACAUCCAGUUUGGAUCCAUGCUUGGACAUGGGAACGGAGCAGCAAGUUGUGAUGUUGCUGCUCCCAGUGGGGCUGGGUUGAGUUCUCAGUGCCCAGGGCCAGGCCAUAGUAAUUGUGACCACAGUAAUAAAUCUGAAGUGCAUUAUGAAUCUAGAGAAGGCUACGACAUUGAAAUGGGCAGUUCAGCAUAUUCCAAAAUAACAGCUGAACUGCAUGAUGUGAAAGGCAGCAUACCUUGUUGUUCUCUGGUUGUGCUCUUAAGGCUUCACCAGAUUUUGUAUGAGAGGCUAGUAGUAGCAAAGAAUCUUUCGGCAGAAGCUUCCAAGAGAGGUUCACACACCUGUGAUUUAUUUGCAGGGUUUAAGGAGGAGCUCUUUAACCUAAUAAUGGGCUCUACUAACAGUUCCAAUUUUGAGAAGUACUGCCUGACAAUCCUUGGGCCGAGAUCCUAUGUACUUUUUACUCUGAAUGAGGUGAUAGACCGAAUUAUCAAGCAGCUCUGUAAAAUUUGUCCAGUUGCUGAAGACAACUCGAUUCUUCAGACCCAUGAGGAAGUGAGAGGACCGGCCGCAGGCAAAGAUUUAUCUUGCCAUCAAAACAUGAGAACUUCUCCAGAUUGUCCAACAAAUGGUUCACUUGAGCAUGAUCAUCAAGAGGAGGGAGAGAGAGGCAGCAAGCACAAUAGCGAUAUUGUUAAGCCGAUGCAGAACCAUUUUCAGAGAAGGAAAAAGCGCAAGUUGGAGAACAGUCCAGCUAGCAUAUAACUCAGACCAGUGUAGAUACCCAAAAGAAACCCCAUAGUAGAGUAGAUGUUGUAAAUUUUACUUUGAUCCAUCAUGUGUAGUGUUGUCACUAUGUGUAAGGACCCUAGAAACUUCUACACAUCUCUUCAUCGAAUGUCCCUUCUCCCAUGCUAUCUGGGAACGAAUCGCAACAUGGAGCCACUAGAAUGGUUUCUGGUUCUGACACGAGCGGGCUCCAAGACAGCACACACACCCUGGCAAUUUUGAAGCUUUGGUGCAUCUUGAAACA